AUGAUGAAAUUAGCGACCAAAAAAGUAUAUGUAAGCCGUGAGAUUGCAAAAAACUCAUUAGAAGAAGAAAAGCAAAGUGCAAAGAAAGAAGAACUUUCUGUUAUCGAAGAAGCAGCUCUUGAAGAAACAGGGAUGAUUGAUAAUGAAGAAAUCAAAUUAGAUAAAUCUGCAGAAGGAGAAACCAAAUUAAAUAAACCUGCAGAAGAAGAAAUCAAGUUUCCACAGAAAAAAAUUCAGGCUAUGCCAAUGUCUACAGCAAAGCCCACAUCUAAUAAAAUUGUCUUGCCCAAACCACAACAAAAAUCAGGCCCAAAAAAGAUGCCUUUACCUGAAAAACCAAGUAUUCCUGGCUCAUCAAUAAAUAAUAGCUUGAAAGGAAAAUCAGUUAAAAUAGUGAAAAAAGACCCUCCAAAAGCUCCAGUUCCCGUCAAGAAAAAACCAUUGCCUCCGCCUAUUGAAGAGGAUAAAGAGGUUCCUGGACUUGAUGCAAAUAUAAUAGAGAUCUGUAUGGAAGAACUUGGAAAAGUUAACGAUUUUGCGACUGGCGAGCCAAUUUUUUGUCACAACUGCAAUGCGCUGUUCAACUCAUUUAGUAAGCUAUUACCUUUAGAAGAAUCUGAAGAGCAAGUUUGAAUUUGUGAGUUCUGUAGCUUUGAGAAUAGAAUCCAUGUUGAGCAAGAAGAAGUUCCAACUCAAAGCAAGCUGGUUUAUGUAAUAGAGUCUCCUCAACAGGUUGCUGAAGGCAUCCAAGGACCAGAUGAUAGUUCAACCAUCAUUUUUUGCAUUGACAUUUCUGGAUCGAUGUGUGUUACUCAGCCAGUCAUGGGGCAUAUACAACUGAAAACUAAUAAACUCGAAGAAUUGAGAAAGCAAAUUGGAAGAAAUGAGGGACCACAGUACAUGCCUAAGGAAAACAAAAACAUCACUUAUGUGUCUAGACUGGAAUGCUUGCAAGCUGCAAUUGAAUAUCAACUAACUGAGCUGCAAAGAGGAACCCCUCACAGAAAGAUUGGAAUAGUCACUUUUAAUGGCGAAGUUAAUGUGAUCGGUGACGGAGGAUCACAAAUCUGCAUUACAGGGGAUAGGCUUUCAAAUUACGACAAUAUUGUAGACUUAAUGAGCCACAAGCAUAUUGAGCUGUUUUCACAAAGCAUUGGUGAAAGCAGAGAUCAGUUAUGCCAGAGGCUUUUAUCUCUUGAAGAAACAGGGCCAACUGCUCUUGGUCCUGCCCUACUAGCUUCUGUCUGUUUAGCAUGUCAGGGCGGGCAAGGAUCAAAAGUAAUAAUUUGCACCGAUGGAAUAGCAAAUGUCGGUCUUGGGAGUUUAGAGACUGAAGCAGAAAUCGAAGUCGCUGAAUCAUUCUACUCUAAGAUCUCUGAGCUUGCAAAAGGAAGUGGUGUAGGAAUAUCAGUGAUUUCUAUCGCAGGAGAAGAAUGCAGAUUAGACUGCUUAAGUUCUAUUGUAGAAGAAACAGGAGGUAAUCUUACAAAAGUUGACCCUCAAAACUUAUCAAAUGACUUUGCGAAUAUUUUAGCACAACAAAUUUUGGCUUUCAAUGUGACAGUGACAGUGAACCUUCAUAAGGGCCUUGAGUUUCGUAACCAAGAUCCCCAAAAUGUUUAUGGCACUCGUUUAGUCAAAAAUCUCGGAAGCGUGACAGAUGAAACCCUUUUCACAUUUGAGUAUACUGUGAAAAAAAAUACUGAAAUCAUUGAGAAAAUUCCUUUUCAAGUGGCCGUUGAACAUAGGAAGAUGAACGGAAUGAGGUGUGUGCUUGUUGACACUCAAAUGGUCGAAGUGACUGAAAACAAAGAAGAAGUCAUGAAAGAAGCAGACUAUGAAAUACUUGCAAGAAAUGUCAAAGUGCAAACGGCAAAACUAGCAAAGCAAGGACAAUAUGGCCAAGCUAGAAAAAAUGUAGAUAAUUGGCAGCAUUAUAUGAAGAAAAAUGUAACAAAUACCAACCAAAGUAUACAGCUGAAGAACAUGGAAGACGAGGUGAGGCCGUCUUAUAACUUAUUAGCUGAGCAAGAAGAGGAAGAAAAAGAAGAAAAGCCCAUUAAUGAUAAGAAAUCAAUGAAACGCCAAAAGGAUGAACUGAGCGUCGGACUUCAUAAACUUUCAAAGAAAAAGAGUAGAAGCAAAAACGAGUAA